AUGCCAUCACGAGAUACAAAUUCGUCGGCCGACGAACGGCGAGGGGCCUUGGAGCGGGUCAGACUGUCAAUGGGGCCAUCCACGGGCAUCCGCUUCGUCUCUUCCGUCCUGUUCCUCUCGCUUUUUCAAUGCGCACACGGUGAGAACUGCCAGUCCGGGAACGUGACCCUGCUGGAGGGCUCCCCCCUGCGGGUGACCCGAGCGAGCGCGGCCGAGAUCUGCGGGGGGCUCCGAGGGGCCCUGCCCGAGAUCGAGGACAGCGUCGAGGCGUGGAACGAGGACAUUUGGGUGGGAUUGAAGGUGGAGAGCACGUGGAACAGCGGGAAUGACAUCGAGUACUGGGACGCCAAUUCCCUCUGCUUUUACUACAACUUCACGAGGAACUCGAUGGAGAAGGCGGAUUGCAAAUCGUCUCUUGGUGUCUAUUGCUCCCUUCCAGCGGGCUUCGAAUGUCGGAGCCAGCUCCCUUACAACAGGAGUUACACGCUGAAGUCGGGGAGCGCGACGACCUUCGAGGCGGCGAAGGCUCUGUGCGACGCCGACGGAGGGACCUUGCCGAUACAUCUCGACGAUCCCCAAGUCCGCCAGAAAUUCCUCGAUUUCGUCUCCCCUCUCGCACCGAACGAGUUCUGGGUCGGCCUCGAGGAGGCAGCGUCGGGCGGAAGGCGAUGGGCGGACGGGAAGGCGCUCUGCGAAGUCGCGACCUUCAACUUCGACAACGACGACAUCCUCACCUUUCCCUAUACGGAACUCUGUUACCGAUACAAGAAGAGCGAAAACGCAUUGAAGGAUCGGGGUUGCUCGGCCGCUUCAUUUUCCGUCGUCUGCGAGUAUCACGACGGUGGGAUUUUGGAGCUGCUCUCACCGCUGCCCGUGAAUGCGAGCGUCGGGAGAGAGAUCUGCGAAGGGGGAGGAGGGAGUCUCCCGCAGGGACUCGAGGAAUCCGCCGUUCUCAGAGCCAUCGACAACCUGAGUCGUGAGAUUUCCCUUUGGUGA